UUUCCAUACAUGUACACUGAUUUUAAGGCUGCAAUUAUAUACUAAGUCUGGAAUUCCCUUCAAAGGGGUUUUUGUGGGUUGUUAUAAAACGGAAUCGGUUCUAUUGUAGAGUGGAUCCCUCAGGCUCCAGUAAUGAGCCUUGAUAGAAAGGUGUUCGACCCCUCGCUCUGGUGACAAGAAUCGGGUAGACUUGAUUACUCAGCUCUGAUGCCCAAGCCUAGUGUUAAAGGAGAAUGAAACCAUUGGAACAAGAUAGCUUGUGUGAAAACAGAAAAAUCAAAGAAACAGAUAAACAUCACGAAAGGAUGGACUACAACAGCUAUGUCCAUCAAAACCAGAAUGUGGGUCAGGGCACCCAGGACCAGGACCAGUAUUUUGUGAUUCACUCUGGGGGACUCGGUCCGAGCGGAGAUAGCCUUGCCAUGCUGAGCACCGCUUCGGACGAUGCCGUGACUAACCAGAUCCAGAGCAACCAAGGCGAUCUAUCGCACCUUCCAAUACUGACUUACUCGGGAGAAGAGUAUGUGAUGUAUGUGAAAGAAGAGGUGAAGGAAGAGGAGGAGGAGGAAGACGAGGCGAAAGAAGCGGAGACGGGAGAGAGGGACGAAGACUGUGACGGAGAUGACCAUGAAGACAUCAACGACAUCCUUAGGAAUGUAAUGCAAGUACCAAGUUUACGGUCUCUGUCCCCAACACCUUCAGAAGGGGAAUCCCCCGCAUCCAUGACCCAGAGACGACCUUUAGCUGAGAAGCAAUCCCACAAUUCCACUGUUCCAAGUUUUGCAAUACGGUCCAAUCCAAAGCUCAGCAUCCGUGCCAGCCUUCCCCCAGGGUUCGGCUAUAAGUUUUCGAAGAAGAAAAAAGACUACAUUAGUGGUGUCGUCAGCAAACGCGUCAUCGACAGGGGGCAAUGUUUCGGCCCGUAUAAUGGAUCCCUCACAGACGAGAAAACGGGACAAGAUAUAGGAUCUACGUGGGAACUUUGCCUUCGGGGAGUUGUAUGGUACUACCUUGACGGCAGGAACGUCAGCCAUAACAACUGGUUAUCCUACAUCAGUCCAGCAAGAACCAAAGCUGAGCAGAACCUAGAGGCCUUCCAGCAUUACGGAGAUAUCUAUUACAGAGCGAUAGGUAACAUCCAACCUGGUACAGAACUCAAAGUCUUCUAUUCAGAUGAAUACAAGGAGAAGAUAGGUUGCAAAAUAAAACUGGACGAUCUGAAGUACCAAAGAGGUACCGAUGACUUCCAGUGCAUGGAAUGCAAUGCCAGGUGCAAGACCUCAAAGUUGAUGUUGAGACACAUGAAGUUCAAUCAUGAGCAGCAAGAACAGGCUACCAAUCAACAAGAAACCUCUGGUAGACAGUCAGCAUGGGGCGCCGCUUCUGCUUCGGAUCAACUCCUUCACUUUGCCAGGGAGGCCUUGUCCAAAAACAAUGCUGCCCAAACAACCUGUGAGAGCGCUGCAUCCGAGAAGGAUGUGGUCAGGGAAAAUAGGUCCAUGCUGAAGGAUAGAUUACUAAGUGGAGGCCAUCUCAAACAGAGCAUUACGCAUUCUUCAAGAUGUGGCAGAGAGGCUGAGGCAAGGAAACAUUCUAUGAUUUACAGCAGCAAGGACGCAUCGAUGGUCGAUAAAGAUGCUAUGUCGUCAGGACCAGUCGCUUCUGUAGGACCUAAUUUAGAGUGUCCAACCUGCGGUAAGAGCUUCCAGAAUGAAGGUAUGCUGGCUUCCCAUGAGUUGUUCCACCGAACAACCAUCAAAGAGUUCAUUUGCGAUGUAUGCAGCAAGGUUUCCAAGACAUUCCAAGAGCACGUCAGACAUCGGAACACCCACGCAGAGCAUCUGAACCACUGUUUCCUGUGUGACAGCAAGUACCGUUAUGUGUCCAGUUUGUACCGGCAUUUAAGGAAUGCACACCAUAUUAAAAAGCUACGGGAGAAAUACUUCUGUCGGCUGUGCAAGGAGACAUUGCCUAACCAAACAAUCAUGAUUGCACACCGGACUGAGUGUGCACCAAGGAAACGAUGUGUUGAUAAGGAAGAGUAUCAGUGGAGACGGGAAGAGGCUGAAGCAGAGAGGAGAUCAGAGGCUAUGAAAAGCCGUAGACAAGCAACUCAAGGUUCUACUAAUUAUUAUGCCAAGGAAGUUGCCACUGAUGAAGAAGAAUCUGAUGAUCACGAGCCUCAUUCAGGGGAAGAUAAUGGAAGUUGGAUGGGCGAGGUGGAAGAGCAGAGAUCUGAGGAAGGAAUGGACUUGAGCAGUGUGGACAGUACUUCAAGCAUCAAAGACACUGAUGUUGCUGAUUUACAGCUUAGACAUCAUCAAGAAGACUCUGAUAAACUUGGCAAGAUGAUUGAUUAUUAUGACAGACCACGUCCUUUUCGUUGCAAAUAUGAUUCUUGCCCUAGGAGCUACACCACCCACCAAGAUCUCUACAGUCACAUCCGCAAUGUCCACAGACCUCAAACCAAGAAGAAAUUGGAUGGCAACCAAUGCCCUAGGACUUUCGCAUCUCAGAAAGGAUUCAACAACCACAAAGUGGAUCACACAGGCACCAAACCCUUCAAAUGCAAGCCAUGUUCCAAGUGGUUCCACACCGCGGAGCGCCUCUACAGGCACAAUCACAGAAUACACAAGAAUCGCACCAAGACGCACGAGUGCGAGGUCUGCGGCAAGAAGUUCCUGGAGGAAUUCGCGUUGAAGAAGCACGAGCAGCGUCAUCGAGGGGAGAGAAACUUUGCGUGUGAUAUUUGCGAAAGUACCUUCACCUCCAAGCACUGUCUCCAGACCCAUAUGGUGAAACACACAGGAGAGAAACCUUUCUCAUUGAACCUCUCCCUAGUUCGUCAUGCUGCUACACAUGAUUCUCUGGACGGAGCAAGCAAUAUUGUUGACAGAAGCUUCAUGUGAAAAUGACCAAACACAUCUCAAGAAGGAGGCAAAAAAUAUAUAUUUCUUCUUAUUUUCGGGGACUACUUCUCACAACCAAAUGCCUUAAUCUGUAGUGAAAGGGGAAGUUUGGCAGCUUUUGAUUUUCCUUGGCUCUCUUGAACAUUUCAGGGUUGAAUGGAUUGCCUCAAGCCCCCAAGCACCCAUGAUUUUCCCUGGUGAGAAGUCUCAACUUGCCUGGAUUCUUAUCUCAAAAAUCAUCUACAUUUUCAAUGUUUUGGGGGUCUUCAGUUAUUGCAAAGUUAUGAAAAUCACUGAUAUGAUGAUGGAGGAAAUGUGAAUUUCUGCCAUGAGAUUAAAAAAAAUUCAAGAGAAUAAGGAAAUACAAGGCAAAAGCAUUUUUGUGUCUCGCCCACUUAUGAAAAAUAACCAGAAAUAUUGUGAUUUACGAGGGCAUGCAAGGGAAUAAUAUUGAAACUUCAUUGUGAAAUGACUGGGAUGGAAUAACACUUGUCAUAAGAGCCUUGCACGUAAACUUUAAUGUU